ACCUUUCACCGAAGAGCGAAAAUGGUGAACAUUCCCAAGACUAAGAAGACUUACUGCAAAAACAAGGAAUGCAAGAAGCAUACCUUGCACAAGGUUACCCAGUACAAGAAGGGUAAAGACAGUCUUGCUGCCCAAGGAAAGCGUCGUUAUGACCGCAAACAGUCUGGAUAUGGUGGUCAGACCAAGCCUGUCUUCCACAAGAAGGCUAAGACAACCAAGAAGAUUGUGUUGAGGCUCCAGUGCCAAACAUGCAAACAUUUCUCCCAACACUCAAUUAAGAGGUGCAAGCACUUUGAAAUUGGUGGAGACAAGAAGGGAAAAGGAACAUCUCUCUUUUAAGUUACUCUUUUAAGUUACUGCGUCUUAUCUACUUUUGUUUUGUUGGUACCGUGUUGCUUCAAUCUCAAAUACUAUUUGAAUCUUUCAGAAAAGGUUAUGGUGUUCAAUUUAGUUGACAUUUUCGUAUGGAGUAUCUUUUAAUUUCAUGAACCUUUUUCUUCACGAGUUUGGUGUUUUAAUUUUUUCUUUACAGCUUAUGACAAACCUAAG